GCGAUUCUGUUGCGCAGUCUGGAAGAGCUGAGACAAGCUAAGAAUGGAUUCACAGCCGACGUUAGAACUAGUGUUGGGGACUCCUUCAUCGUGGCAGAGACCUAAAGGAUCCCAGCGGCGGGGUGAUCGAUCAUUCCCAAGCCAGACAAGCCGCCUACCGCACAAUCCCGGCUGCAGGUGUACGGAAAUGGAGUCAUGCAGGGCCUGUGGCUUUCUUUCAUUCAAAGCUCAGCCUCAAACCCUGUGCUUACCUUUCCCCUCUGACUGUAGUGACCGUUUCAAAGGCUGCAGGGGUGCAGACUGCAGUUGAUGAAAACUAAGUCGGAUCCUGGACGGAGGCCAUGAUGCGUACCACUCCGCGUGUCUGUGCCCUGCCUGCGAAGAUGCUGGAAAAAGCAUGCGGGUAAAGAUCUUUUGUUUUGGUUUUUAAUCUUCAAUGAACACCUUGUUCCUGAUUACAGAAUCGCGAGAGCUGAUAGGAGAGGAAUCCCUUCUUAAAUUCAACCAGUUUCGCCUUUAUUGAGCGAUUUCUUCUUAGCAAACAGGACUCUCAGCAAGAGUCCUGCCUUGGGAGUUUUCUGCUUUUUCUCUGCCCCUGGGGCCCCCUGGUCACGCCCCAGGACCACGCCCAGCCCGUCGGAGCCACGCCUUCUAGGCGUGUGGCUUUCCUCAGCCCCGCCCGCACGGCGUCUACCUGCCUCAGCUCGCCACGUCUCUGGGCUCUGGCUACGCCCUGAGCCCCGUCUUGCCAGAGCCACGCCUCCUGGGUGGUCUGCGGACACCCUCGGGGUUUGCUGCUUAUACUUAGCUCCACCUCAUGGCCACGCCCCCGGAGCGUUCUCACCCUCCAGCCUUCUGGGUUUGCUGUUCGUCUUCGGCCCUGGCCACGCCCCGUGCCCCCUCCUCUCCCAAGCCACAUCCAGGUUUUCCGAUUCCCAGUUCCACCCGUUAGCCGAACCGGGCAGGGCUAGUCAGCCUCUAGUCUCGGCCUCCUAACGGUCGCCAGGCCGCGCCAGUCCAGUCCCGGGGUCUCAGGCACUUUUCUAGGAAGUAGGGAUCCUCGGCCGGCUUCGGAAAGUCGCGCCGGUUCGGCCAGUCCGACCACCUCAGCGCCCUCCAGGGAGCGCGGCCUCGCCGCCACCGGAAACGGAAGCGCGCGACGGCCGGACCAUGGCGACGCUGUUUGACCUCCCAGACUUGGUGCUCUUGGAGAUCUUCUCUUACCUCCCUGUCCGGGACCGGAUCCGCAUCUCCAGGGUCUGUCACCGCUGGAAGAGGCUAGUGGAUGACCGGUGGCUAUGGCGACACGUCGACUUGACGCUCUACACGAUGCGGCCGAAAGUCAUGUGGCACCUCCUGCGCCGGUACAUGGCAUCCCGGCUCCACUCGUUGCGCAUGGGCGGCUACCUGUUCUCUGGCUCUCAGGCCCCACAGCUGUCCCCGGCCUUGAUGCGGGCCCUGGGCCAGAAAUGCCCCAACCUGAAGCGCCUAUGCCUGCACGUGGCUGACCUGAGCAUGGUGCCUAUCACCAGCCUGCCUAGCACACUGAGGACCCUGGAGCUGCACAGCUGUGAGAUCUCGAUGAUCUGGUUGCAGAAGGAGCAGGACCCCACAGUGCUGCCACUGCUGGAGUGCAUCGUGCUGGACCGAGUGCCAGCCUUCCGCGAUGAGCACCUGCAGGGCCUUACCCGCUUCCGAGCCCUGCGCUCCCUGGUGCUGGGCGGCACCUACCGGGUCACUGAGACCGGGCUAGAUGCCAGCCUGCAGGAGCUCAGCUACCUGCAAAGGCUGGAGGUGCUGGGCUGCACCCUGUCAGCCGACAGCACCCUGCUGGCCAUCAGCCGCCACCUCCGAGAUGUGCGCAAGAUUCGGCUGACCGUUGGGGGCCUCUCAGCCCAGGGCCUGGUCUUCCUGGAGGGAAUGCCUGUCCUGGAGAGUUUGUGCUUCCAGGGUCCCCUUAUCACCCCAGAAAUGCCCACACCCGCUCAGAUUGUGUCCUCCUGCCUCACCAUGCCUAAGCUCAGAGUGCUUGAGGUGCAAGGGCUGGGCUGGGAGGGCCAGGACGCAGAGAAAGUCCUGUGCAGGGGCCUGCCCCACUGCAUAGUUAUCGUCAGGGCUUGUCCCAAAGAAUCCAUGGAUUGGUGGAUGUGAGGGCAUCACCCAUCCAUCUCUGGAACCUAGCUUAGCUUUGAAAGGGACCUUCCAAGCAAACUGAAUCCUGUAAAUUAAUCAGGCAUGAGGGAACUGGAGGGCUCAAGGAGAGGAAGCUAGGCCUUGGGGCUUCCUGAGCUGGGCUUAUCUGUAAUCUGGGUGACCUCAGACUUGUCAUCCAGCCUCUGGAAGGCCCAGUUCACACAUUUAGGAAUAUGCAUCAUAGCUACCUCAUGAUUCAUUUUGAAAUCUUUACCACCUCCCCAUGUACCCCCACUUUUUUCCAAAUACCUGGGAUCAAAACCAUGGCCUUAGGCAUGUUAGACAGGCACUGCUGUGCGCCUGAGCCACACUGGAGCCCAGGGAAGCCUUAACAGACCCAGAAGAGCCUUAUAGAGGGCUCAUUUUCAGGAAUGGUCAGGAGCAGGUGAAUGGGUUCAGGGCUCUGAGAUCGGCCUGGUUUUCCACCUAUAGUUGAGAGACAUGGAGGUCGGGCAGGGAGCCGUGGAGAGACAUGGAGGUGGGGCAGGGAGCCGUGGAGAGACAUGGAGGUCGGGCAGGGAGCCGUGCUGUUGGAUUGUCCUAGUUUUCUAAGAGGUUCUCAAUCACUUACUGUAUUUUGUAUCCUGCCUUUUUCAAGUUUUCUACAGCAUAUAAUAUUUUACUAUUAAAGAAUGUUUUUCAAAGUG